UAUUCAAGGUAAAAUCUUAUAUUUAUUGCAGUAUUACUUUUCACCCUCGAGCGGACUAAAAUUCAGUUCCAAGGUAGAGGUUUUUCGGCAUCUUGAAAAUGCUCGGAACAAAGUCGGCAUUCAGAGAGUUGCGGACAAUGUUGUAGUUGAGAAAGGAUUGCCGGCCGGAUCGAUGAAAAAGACCAGAAUCACAACGAAGGGCGACACAGUUAGGAGAGAUUCCUACUACAUAGAUCCUGCAAGCGGCUAUGUGUUCCGCUCGCUAAGAGACGUUGAUCGUUAUCUUGAAUCUGGGGAAAUAGGAAGGAACGCGUUCAAGCCGAAAGACAACAGUGAUACAGAGUUAAAAGCUGACAAGUUCUCUCCAGUAUCGACCACAAAACCAACUGUAUCUGUUAGCAUGGGUUUGAACUCAGAUUCAGACAGGAUAUCCAAUGAUCAACAGGAUCAAAAGCCUGUGUGUUCAGCAGAAUAUGCAUCUACACCAAUCUCUGAAAAUACUUCAGCUCAGUGCGUGAUGGGAACAAAAUCGACCACCUUAGGCUCGGAUCAGAUAGAAGGGAAGGCUAGUGAAGAAGAUUCUCAAGCAAAGCAACUUCCCCAAAAUGAACAAAUGGAAAAUGAAAAAUCUCAAAAGCGACAAAGGCGUAAAAAGGAGAUCAAUCUUCCUCGCCGUUCCUCAAAGCGCCUUGCUGGAAUUCAGCUUGAUCCAGUUCCAGAACUUGUAACAAGAAGCCGAGCACGCCGAGCUGCAGUUAAACAAUCAGGCCAGGGAGAAACCAUCAGAAAUGAGGAUAAAUCCUCUAACAGCUUGCCUAAUGCCGCAGCGAAAAGGAUGAAUGUGACUGAUGGUGGAUCAGAAACAAAGUGCAAGUCUGAGAGUGCAGCAAACAUGCUACAGUCAACUAAGUUCUCUACUCCAGAAAGGCUUCCCAACAAGACUACAGAAGAGGAUGGAAGCAACAAGGAUCAAGAAUGCUUCUCAUUUUGGCCUCAAGAGAACAAUGCUACUAUGAAAGAUCCUGUGCUUGAUUACUCCCAUGAGUUUCCUCUUAAAGAACUGCUACAGGACCCAUGCAUUGCAUUUGCAAUACAAACUCUCACCGGCGAAACAUUCGAAAUGCAAGUAUCCGGCGAAUCAAGUGAGCAUUCUGAAGCUCUUACUGCAAAUAUGGGUGGUGAUGACAAGGGAGGGUGCAAUGUGUUCUCACAUCCAGAAAACUAUGCUAUUAUACCGCAACAACAUGCCGGUGCAGCCGAAACAGCAAUCAAGACUAAUGAAAACCAAACAGGAUCAUCAUCUUCUGAAAAGGAACUUGAUGUUUCAUGGAUGGAUCCAUGCAUUGAAUUUGCAAUCAAAACUCUCACUGGCUCCAUCCCAUUAGAUUCAGAGCAGAAUCCCAAGAACUGCAUUCAACAGCAGCUUAGCUCAUCAAACACAAAUCCCGGUGACAUGGCCUAUAAACAGGAACCAAUGUUUAAAGAGUCUUUUGUGGAUCCAGCAGCAUCAUCAACACACAAGAAAUGUUGACAUGGAAAAUUCUGGUGGAGCUAGACUCCCUCCUUGUGGUGAUGAUAGAAGGAAUGUUUGCUAGAAAAGUGAGAGAAUCAAUAGCUAACAUAUGAAUGUACAGUUUAGGAAGCUAUGCAAAGAACAAGUAGAACUUAGGACUCUUGCCUUUGUAUGGCUAUGGUGCUUUUUUUUGGGUCUUUAAUCCUUUAAACUAGUCUCAUAAACUGUAGAAUUUUCUCUUAGCCCUCUGAGGUAGGUUGUAGUUUUCAUGUUAGCAUGAAAGUAGAAAUGGUGUAUAAUUUUAAGUUUUUCAAAAGAAGGUAUUUAGUUACUUUAAUCUAAGUUACUUAUGUA